UGUGUCGUAUAGGUUCUGUCAACUGCUGCCUUUGGCUGAUUUGCGAGCGAGAGAUCAUUCAUACAAGAUUUGUUGAACCAAUCAAUUGAUUGAGUUGAGUGUAGAGUAAAACGAAAAUCGAGCUUACAACAAAAAUCAUUUAACUAAAAUGGGGGAUAAGUCAACUCCAUUGUUGGCGGUGCUUCAACUUCUUCGGAAGUAUAAUUUGAAGGGCACUGAAGAAAUUCUUCGUAAAGAAGCAAGUUUGGGAGAUGUAGAAUUGGAGAGUUUAGAUUUGCCAGAGGUUGAAUUGGCUAGCAUAUUAACUGCCCAUCACACUGAAAGUGAUCCUUACAGUUACGAAUUUGCAUAUGAUAGUUUGAAAAAAUUUGUCGAAAAUUCACUGGACAUUUAUAAGUAUGAAUUAUCUAUGCUCCUCUAUCCAGUAUUUGUUCAUAUGUAUAUGCUGUUAAUACUAUAUGAUCACAAUGAGCAUGCUGUCAACUUCCUAGAGAAGUUCCGCCCUGAGCAAGAAGACUACUACCAAGAUGAUCUGAACAAACUGUCCAUUGUUAAACAUAAAGAUCAAAUAAAAGGAAAUGAGCUAGCUGAAAUAUACAGUUCCAAUAAGUUUGUGGUGCAGUUGUCACGUGAUGCUUCAUCUCAGUUGAAACGGUAUUUACAAGAACAGAAGAACUCCACGGUUAUCAUCAACAUCAUAAACAACCACAUCCAGCUUGAUGUACAUGAUGGCCCAGGCAGGACUCAAGCACAAGUCCGUGCCACAGCAGGUGGUGUCCUUGGAGAAGCUGCAAAAAAUGGUAAUCUAUCUGAAAAUCGUAGCAAAGUUUAUUAUGGAUUGUUGAAAGAACCAGAUAUACAAGUUCUCCCAGCUCCCGUUGAAGAUGAAGAGGAAGUUGAAGAAACACCUGAUAAACCCAAAAAGAAAAAAACAAAGAAAGACAAUAUAUUUAUGAAAAAACCAAAAUCUGAUCCUAAUGCUCCACCAAAUGACAGGAUUCCAUUACCUGAAUUGAAAGAAACUGAUAAGAUUGAAAAAGGAAAAGCAUUAAGGGAAGCUUCAAAGCGUAUCCCACUUGGUCCAGACAGCCUUCCAUCCAUUUGCUUCUACACUCUGCUAAAUAGUGGUCAUACUGCUAUCUGCGCAGACAUAUGUGAUGACUCCACUUUGGUGGCAGUUGGAUUUAAUAAUUCUCAUAUUAAGGUUUGGACUUUAACUACAGUUAGAUUACGGGGCAUGAAAUCUGCUGAAAAAUUACAAGAUAUUGACAGGGAAGCAGGUGAUGUUCUGGUUCGAAUGAUGGAGGAAAAAGACAGAGAUACAUGCCGAACGCUCUUUGGUCAUUCUGGACCGGUAUACAAAGUCUGCUUUGAUCCAUUCAAGGCAUUAUUGCUAUCAUGUUCAGAAGAUUCUACAGUUCGACUGUGGUCACUCCAAUGCUGGACUUGCCUCGUGGUGUACCGAGGCCACGUGUGGCCGGUGUGGGAUGUGAGAUGGUCUCCGCACGGACACUACUUCGUGUCAAGCGGCCAUGACCGCACAGCUAGACUCUGGGCGACUGACCAUCACCAGCCGCUUAGAAUAUUCUCUGGUCACCUCUCUGACGUUGAUUGUGUUCAAUUCCACCCAAAUUCGAAUUACAUUGCGACUGGAUCCAGUGACCGGACCGUCAGGGUCUGGGACUGUUUGACAGGUACACAAGUUCGCAUCAUGACUGGACAUAAGUCUUCUAUUUUCGUACUGGCAUUUUCUGUUUGCGGACGAUGGUUGGCAUCGGGAGGGGGCGCAGGCGAGCUCAUGGUGUGGGACUUGUCCACGGGACUGCCCACGGCCGCGUUACCGCCCUCACACACGGCUCCCAUACAUGCAUUAGCAUUCAGCCGAGAUGGCACUAUUCUAUCUUCAGGGUCUUUAGACUGCAGUAUCAAACUAUGGGACUUUACUGCAAUCACCGAAGAAAUUCCAAGUGAAGAAAUUGGCAACAACAGUACUUUGCAGAAAGAUGACAAGUAUCUGUUACGUUCAUUCCCUACAAAAAAUUCGCCUAUAAAGGGUCUCCAUUUUACACGUAGAAAUCUUCUUCUCGGUGUAGGCUCUUAUGAAGGAAGCUCUUAAGUUGAAUUUUAUGUCUUCCUAGGAUUUUCUUAUGUCGUCUUAGGACCCGAGUAGGGCAGUAGGUCAAGGCGAGUAGGUCAGCUAUGUAUAUGCCCGGCAUAAAACAUUUGUGCCUGUCGUAGUUUUUUUUUAAUGGAAAAAACGAUUUCUGCCACUGGAGUAACGUUGUUCUAGCAAGAAAAUUUAAACUAAUAUAAGCUAACUAAACAAUAAUAUAAGCUACUUGACCACGAACAAUAAUAGAGUAUUGUUCAUGGUCAAGUAGCUUAUGUGUGUGGAAGUAUGUGCCGCGAAAAUAUAAUUUGUGCGUGUUCAGGUUAUGGAGAUACUGAGAUUUCUGCUGGAGUAACGUUUUGCAAAAUCGUGUUUCUCUUAAACCAUUACAGGUACGCAUGUAGACUAAAUAUACACGAGUAGCUCUUGAUUUGUGCCCAUGGCACAUAUAAUUAGAUUUAUGAAAAUACUUAUAAUUUACUAGUGAUCGCACAUUUUUGAAAAACAGAAAAAAAGUCGCAGCGCCGAAAUGAGAAAACACACAAGUCCACUGAAAACUGUUCGAUCCUUCUUCAUGCCUUAUAUAUCCAUAAAAAGUUUCAAAAGUGUAGGUACAUCCGUUAUUGAAUUAUAGUACUAAAAGUCUUAAACGGCGCUAUCAUUUGACGUCAAAAUACAAGAAAUCGGGUCAACCCAAAACGUGCUGGUGUGAGCCAAGAGUUAGUGCCUAUAGUCAAAUAAGUCAGUGAAAAAUAUCAGCUUAAAAGGUUUCGUAUGUAAAAAGAUAAUAAUAGAAAACGAAACAUGCAAAUAACGGCUGGUUAUCCGACCAAAUUCGAAUGGGAACGAAAAAGCGGCGGUUUCGUGCGUUUUGUCGUUUACAUUAUGGAGUGGACAAACUCCAUAAUCUAAACGACAAAACGCAUAAGCGAUAAAACCCGAAACAGGUUUUUGUCUGGCUAGUAUACCCCAAUCUCGCCAACCAAUGAUUGGUUACGUGCACCUCGUAACCAAAACAAAUUGUAUAUAUUGACUCAAAAGUUGCAAAAUAAUCCCAACUAAUGAAAUUUAGAUUGCAUAAAUCUUGAUAUUUUAGCUUGAUUAUUUUGUACAUCUGUAAUCCUUUCUGGAUAUCAUGUGAUGUAGUUGCAAGAUUACCCUUAAUUGUUAAUCUGACUACUUUUUGCUCAUCUCUGACUAGGAUUAAUAACUAGAAAUAAAUAUGUCCUAAUUCUCUUAUUGAAUAAAACUCUUAUAAAUAUA